UGACGUGGCAAACCGUGCGAGGAUUGGCAGAGAUGGACAGUCAUGGCUGCUCAAGCGGUCUACGCGACGAAGAGAUCGGCGCCGUGGCGAUGGCGGUGACUGCCGUCGUCGUGAACACGAUGGGCGACAUGGAGUCCUCGUCGCGCGACAUGCUGACGCGGCUCCGACAACGAAGAGCGCUGUUGCAGAACGUUGCAGAGGCGCCGGAUUGCGCGGCGACGUGUGAGCCAGUCGUCCAGUUGGGUGCCGCAGUGACGUCUGGCGUUUUCCCGCGGCAGACUCCGCGAUGGUGGAUCAAACGACGGACUGGCGGGACAUGGGAGGACCUCCGGCUUCGGGACGACGCGGCGGACGAGUACUUCCGGCAGAAGCUGCGCAUGUCGACGGCCAUGUUAAACCACAUCGUAGCCGCGUGCGCCGCAUACAUGGAGAAGAAGGUGACGCACUAUCGAAUGCCAUUGUCAGUGGAGCAGCUGAUUGCUUUCGCGUUAUACAGGUGGGCGUCCGGAGAGACGUACGAGAGCGGCACGUCAGCAUUUGGCAUCGGCAGGGCAACUGGACUGCAGGCCGUCCGCGACGUCACUUCGGCGCUGCUACAGGCGUACCCCGAUGCAAUAAAGUGGCCAAUGGGCAGGAGACGUGCGCAGAUUCUACGCGCUUUCCGUGAGAAGGGUUUCCCAAACUGCUUCGGCGCUAUCGACUGUACACACAUCUACAUUGACAAGCCCGCCGGCGCACCUUCCGAGAACUACUAAGACCGCAAACAGAAGUUCUCCGUGCAGGCGCAGGUGGUUGUGGAUUUGGAUUUGCGGAUCCUCGACAUUC